AAGGUAAGUUGUUAAAUUGUGACUGUAGGUUGUUAUGAGAGCAUGGUAUAAAAGAUAGUUAAUACUGGAAAGUCAAAACACUUUACGUUUUAUAAUCACUUUGAAACGGUACAUCCUAUAUCUUGACUAGUUCAGAAUAGACAGUGACAUCUUUUCUUGUUGAGACAUUUUGCAAAAUAUUAAUUUUGAAAAUCAGCGACAAAGUCUCUGAAACGUUUGCGCGAAAACAAGUGUAUAAAUGUAAUGAUCUCAAAGACCGGUAUUUAACCAUUGAACAAGAUUUAUUCUGCCAUUGUCGCCUAGAUUUAACUGAAAUAGCCCAUCUGUAUUCUAGAACUAUACUUCUUCGCUAUUGUAUAGAUGAUAUUUCAACCUCUAAAACCUGUAUUUUAGUUGGUAGGUGGAGGUUUAUGAUGGUCAUUGUGCGUAUUAUCUUCCUGCCAACACCAACAUAUUAAAUGGCGUUUACAAAAAAAUGAAGCGUCUUUACUGCACAUAAGUAUUUCUUUGAAUUAGUAUUUUCCCACAACGUGAAUACCGAGUUGUUCCCAAAUCAUUUGUUUACUUUCCGUUUUCCGCGCAGUUAUUUUUUGACUGAAAUCGGUUGUGCUUUCAGAGGGCUUUCUGUAGGAGUAUAAGAACAUAGUAAAAUCCCGAUUUGUUAAUAAAAUGAAAAACUUUUUGUAGGAGCUAAAAUUACAUGUUAAACAUAAUAUUCAGUAACAACAUUGGUAACCUGUUACGCUGGCCGCAAAACCAGAUGUUUGCCUCACGCGUAUUUCAUGUAGUGGGCUUUUUACAUUAUGGAAUAGAUGAAAAUCUCACACGAAGUGGGCUCAGAUAAUGUUCACAAGAGCAAUGGAGUCCUUGCAAUUUAAAUGUCUAGCUCAGAAAAUACUCACUGAAAACUAGUUUCGACAGUUCUGUAAUCUUUUUGCUCUGAAUACCAGUAAUCACAAAAUGUAGUUAUUAACUCAAUAUCCUCUAUAUCUUAUUAUUUUUGUAACGUCUUUCAUAUUAUACCGACCUCUUCAUGCAUUUUUCAUCUUUAUAAGUAGGCCUUUCAUUGUCCUACACAUGAGUAUCAAACAAGGAUUCUUUUAAUUAUAUCAAAAUUUUAAUUCUUUUAGAUUAUGUCAUAAAAGAUGUCCCUAAUACAUCAAAAGUUAGCUGAGCGUUUGUUUAUCUUGAAUGAUCGUCAGCUUGGUGUGCUGACUCGUAUCCACUAUAUGAAACAAAUGCUUAGUACACCUGAAUACCGCCCAGCUGUACUCCCUGGUGGUGACAAAGCAUUCGAUGGGGCUUGGAAAGUUUUGUUAAAGAAGUUCCCUUCAGUUGAUGUCAGAUCAAAUCCAUCCAGUAUGCAGCCAUUUUUUAAUCAUCAAAAGGAGUUGUUUGCAAUGUUAUCAACUUACUAUUUUAACUUUGUUGACGUUCUUGAUGUAAGAGAUCAUUUCAUUGAUCUCAUAGGAUGUUUGGCAUCUUCAAAAAUAACCCCUGACAUCACUGUUAACUUUGACGUUACGCGGAUUUAUUUGGAACUCGUUAGUAAUUAUUUCGCAAUGAUGUUUCUCAUAACACGUAUCUCAGACACUAAAGCUAUUUUGAUUCUUUUCAAUUUUCUGUACGAUCAACUACAUGGAAAACAAGAACCUAAUUAUCCACGUAUGGCAGAAAUAUUUACCGAGACCUCUGAAGGUAUGCUUAAUCGUUUACACAAGGAGAUAAAUCCUUAUUCUCGUACAUUAUCAAGGGCUCUUCGUUCUUUAAAUGAUUUUUACAAUCGACGAACUGUAAGAGCUCAAAAUUGGAGUGAUGGACAUUUUUUAGAUAUUUUACAUGAGCCAAGCAAAGUAACACACACUGUCCUAGGAGAACAAUUAGGUUGUGAAUUAAUACCUUAUGAGGUGAUGGAAAGAUGGGUAGUUUUUGGUUAUUUAUUGAUAUACCCUGAAUUGACUGAUGAAGACUCGUUCAAUCGACUGAAAGUAGCCCUACGUCAUUCAUAUGUUGUUGUGCUCUUCAGAGAAGAAGUAAUUUACAUUCAUUCUCUUCUACAAUCAUUUCUCGAGUCUUCGUGGGUUAAUAAGGUAGGUGCUAAACGUAUAAAUGAAAUUAAAGAGACAUUUUCAAUUGCAUGCUCACAAACUCCCAAAAUGCAUGCUGACAGGCGAGCUUAUUUACGCCUAUCUUUGCGUCAACUUCAUCUUAUUUUGUCUGAUGAACCUGGAUUAUUGGGUCCCAAGGCAUUUUUGGUAUUCUGGGGCCUAUCAUAUGCCUCAGAUGAAGUUCACUGGCUUUUAAGACAUUCUGCCAACCCUAUAGUAAAGAAAAGUUCUACUGUGGCUUCACGUACAGGUCCAUCUUCAAGUGACGAACUUAGUGAUCCAUUCUUACCGGAAUUGCUUUUUAGAAUGGAUGAGCUUCGUUCCUUAGUUUUGCGUUACAGUCCUGUUAUACAACGUUUCUAUCUCCAGUUAUUGGGUUGUUAUGAUGGACCUGGUUUAAGUGAAUAUGUGCAAGAUAUUUUGCCACAUGUGAAUAAUGAAGAAUCUGUUAUCUUCAAUUCUAUCGCAAAACAAUUAUGUGAGCUUGCUGAUAAUCCUGUUGUACGUGAAACAAAUUUAAGUCCUAUGCAAUCAACAUUGUUUGACUUUUCUGGGAUUCGACUCGAUUGGUUGCGUUUACAAGCCUGUUUGUCAUGUGAAGCUUCUGCUGCUAGUUUGAGUGAUUACCGGCGACUUGUUGAGCAUAUAAAUUCUACAAUACUACAUACUAAGUUGGUUGAUUAUUUGGAUGAACUGCUUCGAUUAGUUUCGGACAUGUCCAUUUUUAUAUUUUAUCCUUCUAAAUUCACUGAACUAUUUUCCAACUGCCGUAUAUGCCCUGCACAGUUAAGAUUUACGAUUGUGUUCCCAAGCAUUUGUUCUCAGGCUAUACAAGCAUGUCAUGAUCUGUGCCCAGAAGAACGUUCACAUAUUGGUCGUAACGCAGCUAAUUUAUGUCGUCACUUUUGUCAAGAAAUCGCGGAUAAUAUAUGUCUUUAUUUAUUCAAUCGUAUUGAUGAAUUUGGAAAUAUGGCUGAUCAGUUAGCACCACAAAAUUCUGUACCAUGGCUUACGGAUGAGAAACCAGCAAAAAAAGGCAAGAAACCAAUCAUUAAUACUCGACAGAAUGUAAAUGGAAUUAUGAACACAGGAGGAAUAGAUUCAAGAAAAGGUAAACGGCUAAAUGGACCUAUCAACAUCUCUACUAAUAACAAAUUUACUCUAUCAAACAAUAUGUCUUUUGAUUCACGUUUCAUUCCGGGUGUGGAAAGCUUUAGAACUAAUCGAGAAGAACAAACUAUAAAUGAUAAAACGUUAUUUGGAUUAAGUCAAUUAUGUUAUUCUGUUAACCAUCAUCGGGAAUUAUUGGUUUUUGAUCAAGUUAUCAAUCCACGUGAAAUACUUCAGAAUGAAAUACAAUUCAGAAUUAUUGAUUUACUUGCUAGUUAUUCGAGUUUUGCCUCUCAUGACAAUACAUCGGAAUCACUUGCUUCUAAACCAUCGGAAUUACUUCGACGUGUACGAGCUUUAAUGAAUGCUCUUAUAGAUUUGGAAAAUCAUGUUUGUAUUGAUGUGAUUGGAUUGUUUUCUACUGUAUUCACUCAACAUACUCAACCAGUGGAUGCAUUUCGUGGACAAUUAACAAUGACAGCUCAUUAUGCUGAAUGGUAUUUAGAAAAUGUUAUUAAACAUGCUUAUCUAGAUCAUUUUGUUUAUUCACCUUUAUUGAAGAGUUUUGUUACUUUAGUAUCACCUGAUGUUGUAAAAUUUCGAGCAGAAGAUUAUGCUGAUUUAAAUGAACUACUAGCUUUGACAGAACUUAUCGGACCAUUAGGGAUAAAGUUUAUUUGCGAUCGAUUAAUGCAUUCUGUUGGUGAUCGUGUUGAUGAAAUCAACAAACUAGUUCGUCAAAAUCGUGGUACUCUUGAAUGUUUACGAGAGUGUAUAAAUGAUCCAGUGAGAACUCGUCAACUUAAUGGGAAUUUACAAAAUUGUGAUCAACUUUUAAUCCUGUUAAAGGAGAUUGGUGUAGCACUUGCUUUCCGUAAAUUAUGCUUUGAAGCUGUUCAUUCUAUACUACAGAAACGUACUCCAUUUCUUCUGGACACUGUUCACAACCUUCGUGAUUAUAUAACACAAAAAUCAAGUAAUAGUGCUCAAUUAACUGGAUCAUCUAUAGAAAAUAAUAAUGGAAAAUAUGAAAUGGAACGUAUAUAUGCACAUUUUAAUGAACAAUUAAUGUUAAAUAAUCUAUGCGCUUCUGUUGGUAUAUCCUCUCAUUUAGAUUAUAAUUUAUGCUCAAUAUUAAAUAAUCGACGUAUAGCUAUAUUGGCUACAGCAAAUCAAGCUGGAUUAAAUUUAUCUAUAAAUGGUACUGGUAAUGCAUCAUAUCAAGAAUUAGAAUAUCAUAUUGCUUGUUUAUUUGUUGUAUUUGUUGCAAAUGCUUUUCCACGAUUAGCACGUCAAGAUUCUAGUUUAUAUCGUUUAGAUUUAGAAGCGAAUGAAAAUAAUUGUCAUUGUAUUGCAUAUGCAGUAAAUACUUUAAUGGUUUCUAUGUUUUCUCUACUUCGACCAGGUGAUUUAGAGGCUCGCUCUAAAGAAUUUCUUGCUCUUGCUUCAUCAAAUCUUUUAAGACUUGGAUUAGAAACAUCAUCAUCUCUUAUAUCUUCAGAAAUUUAUGGUAAUAACAAUAUUCAAACAUCCUCCUCUAAUCAUUCUCUAUCGGCUAAACAUAGAGAUUCAAUUUAUAUUGUAUUUGAUAAUCUUAUUAAACAAUCACCUUGUUUAUCGGCUAAUUUACAAGAAUCUUGUUUUCCAUAUUCAUUAAUACGUAGUGCUUAUCAUAGUAUUGCAAAAUUAACAACAAAUAAUAAUGAAAAUUUCAGUACUACACGUUCAAAUAUCAUGUCAUCAUCAUCAUCAACAACAUAUGUGGAUGGAAAAUGUCGUGACUAAAAUGGUAACACUAUUACAGUUCAUUGAUGAAAGUUUCCAAGAACAUAGUAAUUCUGUUGCUUGUUUGUUUACUUAUCUCUUCUUUUUUUUAUAACAAAUUUAGUCAUUCAUGAUCUCCAUGUGUUUACGGUAACGGGAAAGGUGUAGCACUGGUGGCAGUAGUAGUACAAGUAGUAGUACAUCAUAUAUGCUUUUCUUGUUUUAUUUUAUUUGCAUUUUUGUAUUUUUUUUGUUUUGUUUUUGUUCUUUCUUCUUCUUCUUUCUUUUUUGAUGGUUAAAAUGAAUCCAUGAUUUUGCUUUAAAUUGUUUAUAUAAAAUAAAAUGACAAAUGUGGUUAUUUCAAAAAUGAUAUUUGUUAAAUGAUAGUCAAUAUAUGUAUGUAUAGCUCACUUAUUAUUACCAUUAUUAUUAUUAUAUUCUUCAUUAUUAAUAGUCUAUAGUUAAAAUAAUGAAAAAAUGUGAAGUUCAAACAGCUAAGAAUACAAUGUUUUCUUCCAAAAUCUAUAUAUAUAUGUGUUGCUUUAAAAUAUCUGAGGUUUGUGUAUAUUCCUUCUAUAAGUCAAUAGAAAAUCUUUAGCUUGA